AUGGCUCCUGCUCCCUACAGCCUCCAGGGCAACUGGAUUCCUCUGGCCAUGCUGGCCUUGCUAUGGGCCUCUUUGGUGUGGGCGGAGGAAACACCCACUCUAUCUCCCGAAGACAGGAAAGCCUUGCUGUAUGAAGCAAUCAGGCAGGAUAUCCUGCAGAAACUCAACCUGAGGGAGCGCCCCAACAUCACCCAGCCCUUCACACAUGUGGGCAUGGCCAACGCCCUGCAGGUCUUGCAGGAAUCCCAGAUUAAUUGGACGGGGAACUCCUCUCAACCUGAUUGGAAACCCUACGAGAUCAUUAGUUUGGCAAGGACAGAGCCUUCCGGACUACUCCACUUCAAGUUCACCCCUACCAAUGGCCAAGACAUGCACAUCCUCCAAGCCCAGCUGUGGCUGUACCUCAAAGCCCAUGGAAGCAUCACCUUUCAGAUCUACCGGGCAGGGCAUCGUCAGGCUGCACUGGCUGAGCAGCAGCUUGAGAGCAGGGGGAGCGGCUGGAACACCUUCUCCCUCAUGCCAGCAAUGCAGAACAUCUUAAAGCAGGAGGAGAAGACCCUGACCCUGGAGCUGCAGUGUGUCGGUUGCCGUGCUGAUGCCGCAUCUUUGGUGAGGGCCGAUGACAGCUCCCACCAGCCCUUUCUGGUGGUUAAGGGCAAGAUCCGAGGGACUGGCCAUCAGGUGGCCAAGCGCAGCCACAGCUGUGAUGAGAACUCAGACAUUUGCUGCCGGAAAGACUUUUAUGUGAACUUCCAGGACCUUGGCUGGGACGACUGGGUCCUUCACCCACGAACUUAUCGUAUGAACUAUUGCAUGGGGGGCUGCCCCUUUCAUGUGAGUAUCAAACAUGAGUUAGCCAGCUCCAUCCAAUCCCUCAUCUUCAACUUUUUAAAAUCCAAAGACCCAUCGCUGAGGGGAGUUCACUCUUGCUGUAUCCCCACAGAGCGAGGGGCCAUUUCUAUGCUCUACUACGACAAUAGCUACAACCUCAACAAGAGGAAUAUUCCUGACAUGGUCGUUGAUGCUUGUGGUUGCAGCUAA